AUGGGUAAUGGGGAGGAUGUUAGUAAUGGUUCUAAUGUGUAUUGGGAUGAAAAUGGGAAUCUGAUAAAUACUAAGGAAGGUGUAUCAGAGUCUGAAAACGAAAUUGGUGAUAAGAAUGUUGAUGCAGGUCUAAAUAAGGACAUAAGUAAGGUGGGAACUGUUAUUAAUAGCAUUAAUUUGGAACCAUCCUUGUUGGGUACUGCUAGAAAGGGAAGGGUAAUGCUGAAAUUGAAAAUAAUGGGAAGAAGAAACAAAGAAAUGCCAUAUGCUGGUGCUUUAAGAGGUGUUAUGCAUAAAGGGAAGAUUGAAGUCAAGUAUAUACAGAUAGGGGAUGGGAAGGAGGAUGGGCAUGCUGUUAUUCCAAUUGAGAAUCUGAAAAAAGCUAAUAUUCCAUAUUCCAAUACUCUGUAUGGUUAUUUGAUAGAUAAGAAUAUUGCAUUUCUUGUUAUUCAAAAGGAGUUAAAUCAGGUGGAGAGUCUUAAGCUUACUAAAAACAACCACAACAAGGUUCCAGUGUGGAUUAAGAUUUAUGAUCUACCACUGGAGGUGUGGAGUGGAGAGAAUCUAUGUAUUAUUACUAGUAAAUUGGGAAUUCCUUUGGCUUUUGAUUCUUAUACAGAGGAAAUGUGUCUUGAACAUAAAGGCAGGAAUGCUUAUGCUAGAAUUCUUGUUGAAAGGUCAGCUGAAAGGGAAUGGAAAAAGAGUAUAGAGGUGACAACUUGGGUCUUUGUAUUGAAUUGUGCCGUUACUCAGGAAUUUAAUGUUGAAUAUGCUUGGUAUCCUUCGAGAUGUUCACACUGUAAAGUAUAUGGACACAUUGAGAAGAUUUGUAUGGCUGCUAUGAGUGAAAGGAAGAUUGAAAAGGAAUUGAAUGAGAAAGAGAAUAAUAAAAGAUCUAAAGGGAAAGGAGUUAUGGAUGAUGAGGGGUUUAUUGAAGUGAUAAAGAAAGGUGGCAAUGGUGGAGUUAAUUCAGCAAGCACUAGUGGGAUGAAAGGUAAUGGUGGGAAUAAACAUGUUCAGAACAUCCAUGUGAAUUAUGGGAAUACUAGUAAAGGGAAUGUUAAUAGAGGUAAUGGAGGAAAAAGGGUAGAUAUUGGAAGGGGUAUAAUGGGAAAUGGAUGA